CUAAUCGCGGGGCUCCGUAGCAGGAAGCAGACGCCGCCGCCGCCGCCGCCGUCUCGCCAGACCCCUACCGAGCCGCCGUCGCAACAUGGCAGGUCCGAUGUCCGGGAAGGAGCCGUCCACGCACGAGUGCGGCGCGGAGCUGUGCCUGUCGGUCUACGUCGUCACCUUCGUGCUGGGCUUCCCGGCCAACGCGCUGGCCUUCUACACCUUCUGCGGCAAAGUCCGGCACAAGGCCACGCCCAUCGACAUCCUGCUCCUCAACCUGACCGUCUCGGAUCUGCUCUUCCUGCUCUUCCUGCCCUUCAAGAUGCGGGAGGCCAUGACCGACAUGAUGUGGGAGAUGCCCUACGAGCUGUGCCCGCUGUCGGGCUUCAUCUUCUACAUGACCAUCUACAGCAGCACCUUCUUCCUGACCGCCGUUAGCGUGGAGCGCUACCUGGGAGUGGCCUUCCCCAUCCGGCACAGCCUGAAACGCCGGCCGCUCUACGCCGUCGCCGCCAGCGUCUUCUUCUGGAUCUUCUCCAUCAGCCACCUCAGCAUCGUCUUCAUCAUGCCUUUCAUCGGGACGCCCCAAGAGCCCGUCAACGCCACGGCGGCGGCCAACGUCAGCGCGCCGGCUCGCCGCGGGUCUCCCGAGGAGGUUUGCUACGACGACUUCUCGGAGGCCCAGCUGAAGGUGCUCCUGCCGGUGCGUCUGGAGCUGUGCCUGGUUCUCUUCUGCAUCCCCUUCCUCAUCUGCAGCUUCUGCUACAUCAACUUCAUCCGGAUCCUGUCGCGGCUGCAGCACAUCGACCGGCGGAGGCGUCUGAGGGCCAUCGGCAUGGCGCUGGGCACGCUGCUGGUUUUCGCCGGCUGCUUCGGGCCCUACAACGCGUCCCACGUGGUGGGUUUCCUCACCUGGCGGAACCCCGACUGGCGGGAUAAGGCCCUGCUGUGCAGCACCUUCAACGCCUGCCUGGACCCGCUCAUCUUUUACUUUUCGUCGUCUGCCGUGCGGGGCACCGUGGCCCACGUGAUGAAGGGGGCGAGGGAUCGCCUGAGCGGGUGCCCGUCCGGCCGUUGCCCGCGGAGGGUCCCCGAGCGGGGAGGCGGGGACGAUAAGGAGGGCAAACGGGAACAGAACAACGCCGCUACCUAGCG